CUCGACGCAUUUCGCAAAGAUCUGUCCUUUGCCACAAGACUGACUACUAUACUGUAUACAUACUCUACUAUAAAAAUAAAAGGUCUGUUUAACUAUAAACAUAUUGAUUGACUCUCUAACUGAACACCUGCACUGAAGUCUGUGGCAACUGUUUAGAGUCUAGACUGAACGCAAAGAGAUGUGCCACAUAUAUCUAGUUGCAGUAUAAAGUAGAGACAAUCGAAAUGGGCAACAAGCGCAACUUGCAUCCACCAAGUCAGGCAUCAGCAAGAAGAAUGCCGGCAUCAGACAGGAUGCCUGCAAGUGGAAGCACAAGAACUGAUGUGUGGACUCCCACAGUGGGGACUGCAUUCAAACUUCUCAUGUCUGCCAGACUUUGUGCUGCGUUGUGGAGCGUUGUGUCGGAUUGUGAUGAGACUUACAAUUAUUGGGAGCCGGCUCAUUAUCUUCAUACAGGGAAAGGUUUUCAGACUUGGGAGUAUUCCCCUGCUUAUGCCAUUCGUUCGUACGCAUACAUUCUGCUGCACGUACUGCCCAUGAAGCUGCUUGCCCUUCUCUUAGGGAAUAACACUAUACUUGUUUUCUACAUGACAAGGUGUUUACUAGGUUUGGCCUGUGCACUCUCUGAGGUUCUAUUUUACAGGGGUGUGUGUUCAGUGUUUGGUCCCAAUGUCGGUCGGCUGACUCUGGUGUUUCUGCUGUUUGCGGCCGGAAUGUUUGGGGCUUCUGCCGCCUUUUUGCCCAGCAGUUUCUCCAUGUAUCUCACCAUGGUGGCUUAUGGGGCGUGGCUGCUUGGUUAUGACCACUUUGCUGUUUUGGCUAUUGCUGCCAGUGGAAUUAUUGGGUGGCCGUUUGCUGCGGCUCUUGGGGUUCCCAUUGCUUUUGACAUCGUCUUUUUGAAGCAGAAGUAUGCUUUCUUCAUCAAGUGGUGCAUCGUGUCUCUUCUAGUUUUUUUGGUUCCUAUGGUUGCAGUUGACCACCAGUACUAUGGAAAACUGCUCAUUGCCCCUCUCAACAUUGUCCUGUAUAAUGUGUUCAGUGGUCAUGGGCCAGAUCUCUACGGCACAGAACCGCUGUCCUUUUAUUUGAUCAACGGGUUCCUGAAUUUUAACUUUGUUUAUCUCCUGGCUCUUGGUUCUUUACCUUUUUUGCUGUUGACGUCAUUGGUGGUGGCCCGUGCCUCUUCAAAACAUAAAUUCACAUGGCUCUCUUUGGCACCAAUGUACAUAUGGAUUCUUAUUAUGUUCACAAGACCUCAUAAGGAAGAGCGGUUCUUAUUCCCAAUCUACCCAUUCUUCGCCAUGGCUGCUGCUAUGGUGCUGGACAAUGUGCAGCGAGUGCUUCAUGUCUUAACCCGUGGAGGGUCAGAGGACAAAGGUCAUUACGCUCACAAAAACCAAUGGAUGCCGGCCGUGUUCUCUGUGGUCUUUGCUGUGAUGUCCCUGUCUCGCAUCGUGGCUGUGCACCAAGGCUACCAUGCUCCCCUGGACAUCUAUGUGGAGUUGCACCGAGUGGUCUCUGACCCCAGUGUUCACACACUCCCUGUGGACAAGCCAGUCAACGUGUGUGUGGGCAAGGAGUGGUACCGUUUCCCAAGUUCUUUCUUCCUACCAGGACCAAAUUGGAACCUCCAGUUUGUUCAGUCUGAGUUUCGUGGUCUAUUGCCCAAGCCAUACGAGCCAGGUCCGGAUGGGACCAAGAUUACACCUACACAUAUGAAUGACAUGAACAGGGAAGAGCCAAGCAGAUAUAUUGACGUCAGCCGAUGUCAUUACCUGGUUGAUCGAGAUACUGAGAACUGGACAGCCCUUGAGCCCCAAUAUUCCAACAGCCCGGACUGGACCAUCAUCAAACAGGUGCCCUUCCUGGAUGCCAGCAGGUCCGACAGAAUCUUUAGAGCGUUCUAUGUGCCAUUUUUAUCUGUUAAGCACUGCCGUUUUGCAAGAUACAGUCUCCUCAAAGCAACAGGACCCAAAAAAAGUUCUAAACAGAAGCGGAAGUCGUAGGGAAUGGCCAAUACAGUCAAAAUGAUCCAAAGAUGGCCGUCCGUUAUCAAGAAGAAAAGUGGUUUUCUGAGACAGGUGGAAGUCUUUGACAGUGUCUUUACAAUACAGAAAAAACACAAGAGGGAAGUGGGAAGUGGUCAUUUGCACAGAUGAUUGUCUCUGACAGGUGGCUAUUACAGCAGGCUCAACAGUAAUUUUUCCAAAAGUUAGAUAUUAUAUGUGAGGCAGCGUGGUGGAAUCAGGCUCUCGUCAAAUUAAUCAAAGUGAAGAAACAUGAAUUUUU